UAGUCGCAAGCGUCAAAUGAAGCGUAAAAGUUCUGACAGAUUCAGCUGUUCUGUUCUGUCACUGUCAUUAUGUCAUUUCGUUCUGUCUGUUCUGUCAUCAUCUAACACCAAAUCUUUCUUAAUGGAUUGAAUUUCAGUUACCAGCUGAGCGAAUAGUUUUGCGGUGUGGACUUUCACCAUUAAAAAAAUAGAUUUAUCGUGAAAAGUAAACAUGACUCCUGAAGAAACAGUUGAAAGGCUCAAGCUUUUGGGUUUAAACGAACAAAAAGCAAAGGAAACAUUAAAAAACACCAAUGUUACAAAAUAUUUACUCGCCGCACUCAAUGAGGUGGACGUGGCAAAACUGCCAACAGGUGCUGGUAUGUUGAUAUACCAUCUGGCAACAAAGAUUAAGCCGCAGAUUGCAGCCAAGCUGCCGUUCGUAUGCGGUUAUAUCGCCGAUGGAAAGCUUGACUCCACCAUAAGAGUAGAAGCAGCCAUAGAGUAUUUAAUCACUCAUGUAAAUGAAGCUACAGUUGACCGUGAAGCAUUUGAAAAAGCUUGUGGUGUGGGUGUUGUGGUUACACCUGAGCAAGUGGAGCAGGCUGUGGAGAAGCAUAUGGCCAAGUAUAAAAGCGAGUUGUUAGAGAAAAGAUACAGAUUCAAUGCUGGUAUUUUGAUGCAAGCUGUGCGAACUGAUUUACCUUGGGCUGACGGGAAGGCUAUCAAAAAUGAAGUAGAUGUCCAGAUUUUAGAUUUAUUGGGUCCUAAGACAGAAGCUGAUUUAGCACCUGUACCAAAAGCUGAAAAGAAACCUAAAGGUGAUGCAGGGAAAAAGGGCAAGAAGCCAGCUGAAGCUGCUGCUGCAGCCGGAGCUAACAAAUCAGCUACAGAAAAUGGUGAUGCAUUUGAUGUUGGUGGUGCUUCAUCUAUAUCUGAGUUGAUGAAGAAGUUACCAUUCCAUGCUCCAGGAGAAAACUUUAAAUCUGAUGGAUAUGUUGUAACCGAUGAUACUAAGCGCUUGCUUGAAGAGCAUUUAAAAAUAACUGGUGGGAAAGUGAGGACUCGAUUCCCUCCUGAGCCCAAUGGUAUUUUACAUAUAGGACAUGCCAAAGCUAUUAACAUUAACUUUGGGUAUGCUGCAGCUCAUGAUGGGAUCUGCUUCCUAAGGUAUGAUGAUACCAACCCUGAGAAAGAGGAAGAGAAGUUCUUUGUUGGUAUCAAAGAUAUGGUGGAGUGGUUAGGUUACACACCUUACAAAAUCACUCACUCAUCCGAUUACUUUGACCAGCUGUAUGAGUGGGCAGUACAAUUGAUCAAGAAAGACCUUGCAUAUGUGUGCCACCAGAAAUCUGAAGAAAUCAAGGGGUUCAAUCCUCCACCCUCACCUUGGAGGAACAGGCCAGUUGAGGAAAGCUUGCAACUGUUUGAGGACAUGAAAAAUGGUAAAAUUGAUGAAGGAGACGCCACAUUACGUAUGAAGAUUACACUUGAAGAGGGCAAACAGGAUCCAGUUGCUUACAGAAUAAGGUUCAAGCCUCACCAUCGCACAGGCAACAAGUGGUGCAUCUACCCUACAUAUGAUUACACUCACUGUCUAUGUGACAGCAUUGAGCAUAUCACUCACUCAUUGUGUACCAAGGAGUUCCAGUCUAGAAGGUCCUCAUACUACUGGCUGUGUAAUGCGCUCGGCAUCUACUGCCCCGUCCAAUGGGAGUACGGUCGUCUCAAUGUCAACUACACUGUAGUGUCCAAGAGGAAAAUUGCCAAACUCAUUGAAGAGAAAAUUGUCAAUGAUUGGGAUGACCCACGGCUGUACACACUGACGGCCCUGCGCCGCCGCGGUGUACCCUCCGAAGCCAUCAACACGUUCUGUGCGGGACUCGGCGUCACUGGCGCCGUCGGUGCCGUCGACCCUGCCAUGUUAGACGCCAGUAUCAGAGAUGUACUUAAUAAUACAGCUCCCAGGACGAUGGUAACUCUAGAGCCGCUAAAGAUCACUAUAACAAAUUAUCCACAUGAAGGCUGCUUGGAAAUACCGGUACCAGAUUUCCCAAGUGAACCUACUAGAGGGCAGCACACAGUGAAACUUAAUAGGGUCCUUUAUAUCGAGGCCUCCGACUUUAAGGAGGUCCCGGAGGCGGGAUACCGGCGGUUGACACCCACACAAACUGUGGGGCUCAGACAUGCUGGCUACGUUCUUACGGUUUUGAAAGUGAACAAGGACAACCGUGGUAGAAUCACCGACAUAGAGUGUUCAGUGGAGAGUAGUGAAACAGCGCCAAAGCCCAGGGCUUUCAUACACUGGGUCUCUGAGCCAGUCACCAUCGAAGUCAGGCUGUACGAAUCAUUGUUCCAACACAAGAACCCUGAGGAUCCAAGCGAGGUUCCUGGUGGCUUCCUCUCUGACUGUCGUAAAGACAGUUUGAAGAUUGUAAAGGCUUACGCGGAUUCUUCCCUCAUCACUGCAAAGGUAUUCGACAAGUUCCAAUUCGAAAGGAUUGGAUUCUUCUCAGUAGAUCCUGAUUCAACGAACAAACACUUGGUGUUCAACAGAACGGUUUCUCUCAAAGAAGAUACCGGAAAAUAGAGAAAAUAAUUAUUUAUUACAUUGUAAAAACAAUUUUAUUAAAUAAAUGUCUUUGCAUAUUUAUAAAA